CCGGCAUCCGAUCGGCUUCGUCCCAUAACUCCCAGUCUGGAGAAGAGACUGAGACUUGAGAGAUAGAGAGAGAGAGAGAUGGGUGACCAAUGGGCAAGCGUGGGCUCCCUCCUCGCCGGCCUCAUGUUCCUCGGGGCGGUCAUCCGCCAAUACUUCCCCUUCCGCCCUGAAACCAUCCUCAUCAAAUACAUCCGCAAGCUCACAUCCUUCAUCUACCCCUACGUCCAGAUCAAAAUCCCAGAGUACACCGGCGAGCGCAUGAAGCGCAGCGAGGCCUACGCCGCCGUCGAGGCCUAUCUCAGCGCCUCUUGCUCGCAGCGCGCCCACAAGCUCAAGGCCGAUCUCGGCAAGGACAGCACCAAACCAGUCCUCAGCAUGGACGACCAUGAGGAGGUCACCGACGAAUUCGAGGGCACCACGUUUUGGUGGUCCUCCUCC